AGCUGUGCGCGAACAAAAGCCUCCUCGUCAUUCUGCCACAGGAAGGAAGCACCCUGCCGGCUAAUUUUAAAACGCACACCUCAGAAGCACUUUUAAUUUAUGCUGAUUUCUGUACAUUUUAUAUAUAUCUAUUUUUUUUUUUCUGGUUUCUGCUCAUCUGAAACGUGGGAUCGCAUCAUCGGGAUCCACUGACGGCUCGCCGGUUCCACCCGCGCACGUGCUCCGCCAUCAUCGUCUCGAGCCACGCGCGGCUUCUUCCUCCGUGGCUUUUGCGCGCUCGCCCCUCCCCCUACCCCAGGUUCCCCGCUCAGCUGCAUGCCGUGAGGACGGGAGCGCAUCAUCAUGGUGGCCGGAGAGCUCCUACAGGAGCCUCCGCGGUGCGGGAGCGCGCACGACGGGACCGGCUCGGAGCCCCGGCGGGCGCUGGAGGACCACGACCGCUUCCCCCAGGUCCAGGACGGCGGUCAGUACUCGGAGCUGUCCGACGGAGCGGUGCGGGUGACCGGCGUGCUGGAGCCCAGGGCUUCUGAGCGGGAGGCCCCGGUGACCCCGGAUGAGGAGCAAGCGAUGCUCCAUGGGGGGCAGAAGCCCCCGCAGACCAGACUGUACCUGCGGCGCUUUGCGGUGCUCGCCGUGUUCAGCCUCUACUCCCUGGUCAACGCCUUCCAGUGGAUCCAGUACAGCAUCAUCACCAACAUCUUCACCUUCUACUACCAGGUGUCCAGCGACAAGGUCGACUGGCUCUCCGUGGUCUACAUGGUGGCCUACAUCCCCCUCAUCUUCCCGGCCACCUGGCUCCUGGACCAGAAGGGCCUCAAGAUCACGGCUCUCCUGGGGUCGGGGCUCACCUGCGUGGGGGCGUGGCUGAAGUGUGCCAGCGUGGGGCCUCACCUCUUCUGGGUCACCAUGGCAGCGCAGGUCAUCUGCUCCGUGGGCCAGGUCUUCAUCCUGGGUCUGCCCUCCAGGAUCGCCUCCGUGUGGUUCGGACCCAAGGAGGUGUCCACGGCGUGCGCCAUGGCCGUGCUGGGCAACCAGAUGGGCGUGGCCAUAGGCUUCCUCCUGCCGCCGCUCCUAGUGCCGAACACCCCGCAUGACAAAGAGCUCAUGGGCCGCAACAUCAGCGUGAUGUUUUACGGGACUGCCGCGGUUUCCACGCUUCUCUUUCUUUUGACCACGUUUGUUAUUAAGGACAGACCCCCCCAGCCCCCUAGCAUCUCCCAGGCGGUGCUCCCCGACGGACCCCUUGAAGAUUACUCUUACAAGCAGUCAAUCGUGAACCUCUUCAAGAACAAGGCCUUCGUCCUGCUUUUCAUCAGCUACGGUGUCAUUACAGGUUCUUUCUACUCCGUGUCGACGCUGCUCAACCAGAUGAUCCUGUCACAUUAUGAGGGUCAGGAGGUGAAUGCGGGCAGGAUUGGUUUAACCUUGGUGGUGGCCGGCAUGGUGGGCUCCAUAAUCUGUGGGCUGUGGCUGGAUUACACUAAAACGUACAAAAUGACCACCCUCAUAGUCUAUAUCCUGUCCUUCAUCGGUAUGCUGGUCUUCACCUUCACCCUGGACCUGGGCAACAUCUACGUGGUCUUCGUCACGGCCGGAGCGCUGGGGUUUUUCAUGACCGGGUACCUGCCUUUGGGGUUCGAGUUUGGGGUGGAGAUUACAUACCCUGAGUCAGAAGGGACAUCGUCGGGCCUUCUCAAUGCUUCGGCGCAGCUGUUUGGGAUCAUUUUCACCUUGAUCCAAGGGAGGCUCACGACGGACCGCGGCCCCCUGGCUGGCAACCUCUUCCUCUGUGCCUGGAUCUUUGUCGGGAUCACUCUAACGGCCUUAAUAAAAUCCGAGCUGAAAAGACACAACAUGAACAGAAGCACAGACGGGAAAGCUCUGCAAGCAGUCCCCACCGAGUGCCCCCCCUCGGAAAAUCCUUCCAAUGGCUGUGUGUCGGGCUCCUCGUUCCCGGACUCUCCCCACGAGACAUCCCUGUAGCCCCGCCCACUCCACGACUGACGCACCCCUGCAGAGCACAGCAUGAGGAUGGGGGAUCUUGGCAAACUUCAAACCUUUUUUUAAAAAAAAAAAAAACUAUUUUAAACAUUUUAAGUUAUAAUAAUUUAUAAAACAGGUUUUACCGCGGCUGCGGUUUGUUUGCGCACACGGAGGAUGAGUUCUGCAAAACCCGUCCCAUUGUCACAUAGUCUGUGUCGGGACGGGUCCCCCUUUGGACUAAAUCGAAGGGUUGCGCUCAUUCAUGUCUCUCGUUUUGUCAUGGCUGGUGUGUAUAUGUGCGUUUAAGGGGAAAAUGCUUUUUAAAAAUUUCCUGUGCAUGUGUUCUUUGUGUGUCACGUAGUUGUGAUGUGAUGCCUUUUGCCCUGUAAUUCCAUGUUCCCCCCUCCUCCCCCCCGGCGACCCGAUGGGAAAACCCAUCGAAAAGACGACACAGUUCAACAGCAGGCCGAGCCUGAAAGGACCGAUCCGAGUCCCUUCACGACCUGUCAGAGGAAAAGGACGGCUGUUUAUCACUUUGUGUCAAAUUUGUAUAUUUCGAUACUGAAUUGAUGAAACCCUCAAUGUUUGAUGGCACCCCCUGCCAUCCCACUGCUCUACGCAGUCAAGUAAAUGCAUCGGUGCGUUCAAAUGCGCUGGGUCCAACUGGCACCGGUGUGUGAAACGUGACACUUUAAAUCUCCACAGGUUUACAUCACUUUACUCUUCAUGGCGUCUCUCUCUACUGGGGUCUUGCUGACGCGUGUGUAUGUGUGUGGCGGUGAAGGACCACCCUCACUGGCCCCAUGCACUGUGGGUCAGGACCCAGAGUACUACAUGCGGCGACUACCGCUGAUUAACAGGCUUGCAGUGAGCAAAACUCGACUGUUUUAUCCCCUACAUUGCGAUAUGUGAAGCAAUAAAAGGGUUGGGUUUGGCUGUGAUCUGAGGUCUUCAGAGUAGCACUUUGAUGGACGGGUGGUCCUAUAACGUUUUUUUUUUUUUUUUUUUUUUUUUUAUGGUAUAUUGCUGACCAAAUGAUUGUUUGUUUUCCUCACUCGAGGUAUUCGACCCUGGAUCUUAGGAGGCCUCAUAUAUAUGCAUUAAAAAAAACAACUGAAGGAUCUUAUGCUGGCAGAUGCUGAUUGAUAUAUGGAACGGAAAAGUCUGUCUGCUGUAACAAUCGUUGCACUUAGAAGCUGUCAUGUUAAAAUGUGGAGAGAAGAAAAACUUCACAAUGGACGGUUAUUAUUCUUGUAUAAAAUCUUAAACUUGUAAAAUUAAUAAAUGAUUACGAUUUGCACACCUGAUUCAACUUAUCUAGAUGG